AUGGUUUGUGACAAGCCGUCGGUCAUCGGCCAUGUGGCCUUCUCUGUGGACAGGGAGGUUUCCUCGACAGAGUUGUCAAGUCUGAUCGAGAAGCUGCAAAAGAAUGCUGAUAAAGUGGAGAAGAACAUCUAUGAUGUCGAGCAGAACCUUAACAAGGAUGUAAGUAAAAUCAAUGAAGGUAAGCAGCCACUGUACCAGGAUGACACCCACAAGCGACUCCAAAAUUCUUUGGAACUACUCGUUGGCCUGGAUGAGGAUGCUGUCAACGCCAAGCGCCUUCAGCAUCCUCAGGCAGAGAUGAUUGGACAAGACAUGAGGCAGCUGCGCGAGAGAGUGAAUAAGCUAAGAGAGGACCAUGAUCGCAUCUACCAACUUAUCCGCACUGAGGGGGUGCCCACCAUCAACUGGGGCAACAUGAUGGAUGAGAAAUUGGAAAAUCUGAGCAACAAAGGUUUUGGCCAGGACCUACCAUCUGUGGAAAAUGAGGUGGAAGAACACAACAUCUUCCAUAGUGAGGUGGAGGCAUUGGCGCCUCACAUUUCUGCUGGUGGUGACAAGGAAUAUGUCAGUGGCCUCCAGAUGAAAUACAACAAACUGCUGGCACUUUCAAGCGAUCGCCAGCGCCACCUGCUGAGUCUGCGUGACUACAUGCAGCGCUGCACCAAUGAGCUUUACUGGAUGGACCAACAGGCUGACGAGCGAAUCAACUAUGACUGGAGUGACACCAAUCUAGACUACCCAGCCCGUCAGAGGCAGUAUGAGAAUUUCAUCGGCAAAUGUCUGGAGUCCAAGGAGGGAACAAUCACCAAGCUCAAUGAAGAUGGAGAAAAGCUGAUGGCAGCAAAACAUCCAGGGUCAAAUGUUGUUGAGGCCCAUAUGGAGGCUGUGCAUGCUGAUUGGAAGGAAUACCUAAAUCUGCUCAUCUGUGAGGAAAAUCACCUGAAACACAUGGAUGAGUACCACAAGUAUCACAAAGAGGCUCGUGACACCCAGGACCUGUUGAAGCGACUGGACGUAGAAGUUAAACAAAAAUACAACCCUGAAUUCAAGGACGUCUACCAGAUGGAGGGUCUGAUCAGAGAGCUGGAUGAUCAAUCCAAAGCCAUGGACCACUUUGAUGAGCGGGUCAAAGCUCUUCAGAAGCGUGGCCUACAAGUUUUACCUCUGAAGUUGAGACGAGAAACAAUUCAAAAGCCUCUGCCUGUUGAGUCUUUAUGCGAUUUCGACGCAGAUGAGGGGCAAAUUGUGCGCGGGAACAGAUACACUCUGCUUCGCAACAAUGGAACCAAGUGGGACGUGAAGGACGCAACUGGAAAAAUGUAUUCUGCUCCAGGCAUCUGUUUCAUUAUUCCCCCCACAGACCCUGAAGCAGUGGCAACUGCUGACAACCUGGCUGGACAACAAAAUUCUGUCAAGCAGAAAAUGGCAGACAGCAAAGCCGCACUGCUGAAGCGUUUUGAUGAUCUGAAAAAAUCCAGUGGUGGUGCAGACAAACAGGAACAACAGUGCCGCCAAAUGAUGGCUGGAUUAGAUAAAGUUGCUAGUGACCUGGACAAGCAAGAGAGGGCUAUUCAGGCGCGACUGCGCCCGCCACUGGAGCUGAAGAAGCCACUGCAGGAUAGCAGUGACCGCCUGCAGGAUUUGAGGGAUAUCGACAUUGCGGUCCAUAGAAUCGAACCAGAAAAGACCUCCAAAGUGCAAGAAGCAAAGAACUUUUUGGUCUCCAACUCAACAUGUGCCAGCGCACCUCACCUUAACAGUAAAGCGGAUGAAGUCAACAAGAAGUACGACAACUUGGAGCAGCUUCUUCAGAGCGCACAGGAAAAAAUGAAGAAUUCCAACCAACUGGAGGCUUCACUUCAAAAUGGGAAGGCUUUACUUUCCAACUAUGAGAACAGGCUGGCAAGAGAAGAUGUCGCUCCUUCUGACUUGUCCUCAUUGGAGAAAACUCAGCGCGAGCUUGCGGACAUUGCCUCAGACCUAAGAUCCAAGCGGGCAGUGGUCAAUGAGACUGAGCAGAACUUGCGUUUGGCCAAAAGCAGCGCCGACCAAAUGGCCAUCAAAUUCCAAGAGCAUUGUCCUGACAUUGAACGGCAGGAAGCUGAUGUCCAGAAGCUAAACAAGCGCUUUAACAUCCUGAACAAUCAGAUCGACACCAGAUCUCAGAGUUUGCAAAGGGCUAAGAUGGCGUACAAUAAUUAUCACAAUGAUUAUGACAACAUGAAUAACUGGCUUGCUCGCAUCCCAAACUACGAACCAUCUGAAACUGAUGACAUAAAGCAACUGGAGACCAAAUUGAAGAAUCAGAGGAACUUGCUUUCUGAUAUUGCAAGAAAGGAAUCGGACAUGAACAAUCUCUCCAAAAACGGUCGGCUUUACCAGCAAGCUAUCAAAGACUAUGAGACUGAAACUGAAAAGUUCAGAUCAAUACUAGACCUUGAUGACGGGCUUGUGCCCCAGACGUACAAGCGGAGCAGAUUGGAAUCACCUGCGCUGGCGGUUAAAGCAGAGGAAGGUGCCAUUGGAGCCAAAUAUACUGAGGUGAAUGCAGUGAACAAGCAAAGACUACAAAAUCUCGAGUUCACCCAUAGCCUUCUCAACCAGCAACCAGAUAUCACUUUGAUCCAGUCUACUAAUGUCCAGUCAGUCAAUUCUGCUGCCCCAGGAGGGGAGCUUUGGAGAAUUAAGAAGCAAUUGCAAGAUGAGAUUCAGAGGAGAGAGCAGCUAGAGAAAGAAAUUGAGAUCAUCCAAACUGAUAUUUAUGUCCUAGAAGGACAGAAGCCUCAAGAUACCAUUGUCAAAAAGGAGCUCAUCAAAAAAGUUCCUGAUCCUCAGCUAGAUGAGGAAUUGUACAAGGUUCAACAGAAGCUUUCAGAGGAACGUCGCACUACACAUGUUCUAGAAAAUGACCUAGAAGUGCUAAAACUGAAGCUGCGUGGUCUUGAGACCGAGGUCAAGGAAGGGGCUCAGCAAUACAUGGUAAAAGAGGUUCUCCGUAUUGAAAGAGAUCGCGGUCAGGAGGAGGAGAUGCGCAAACUUCGGGAGGAGCUGGACGAGCUGAGGAGGCAGAAGUUAAUUCGAGACAAUGAGCUUAUUCAGAUACAAAAGCAGGUGACAAUCCUGGCUGAAGAGAAGAAUAAAGAGCAGGAAGUUAUUAAAGAAGAGGAGGUCAUAAAAGUGCAAAACGACCCUCAACUUGAAACGGAAUACAGACUCCUUAUGAGCAGGAGACAAAAAGAAAGUGACGGAAGGAAGCAAUUAGAGGAUGAAUUGAAAUUUCUCCAGGAGAAGCUUCGUAGGUUGGAAAAGGAAAAAUCAAUGGCUGAGGAGAAGAUUUCCAUUAAGGAGGUACUUAAAGUCGAGAAAGAUGUCGCACUGGAAAGGGAGGUCGAAAACCUUAGGAGGCAAUACGAGGAUGAGAAGACCAAACGGAGAUCAUCCCAACGAGAAAAAACUGACCUCCAAAGGAAAAUAACUAGUCUAGAGGAAGAGAAGUCCAAAGUUGUGAUCCAAGAGAAGAUGCGGGAAAUUGUUCGCCCAGACCCCAAGGCCGAGAAUGAGGUGGCCAACCUCCGACUUGAACUUGUUGAGCAGCAGAGGCGUUAUAAGGAUGCGGAACUACAGCUUAGAUCUUUGCAAGAUGAGUUGACCAUGCUCAAGAACAGAGGACCGCUAGUGGAGGUCAAGGAGAUUAUUAAAGAGGUCAUCAAAUACAAGACGGACCCGCAGACUGAAAGAGAACUAGAGAGACUCCGCAACGAAAUAGUCGACAAAACUCACCAGACAGAGAAAUCCGAGAUGGAGAUACGCCAACUCAAUGACGAAAUCCAAAGAUGGAAAGACAUGAAACCUCAAGUGCAGACCAAAGAAGUUGUCAACGAAGUGCUUCAGUACAGAGAGGAUCCAAAAACUAAGGAGGAGGUGGAGAUCCUGAAAAGAAAACUGGCUGACGAACAGUCUAAACGUCUGGAACUCGAGAGAGAAAGGUCAUCCCAAGAGGAAAAGAUCAGACUGAGGAAGAUAGAUCUGUCUCAGGUCCGUGAGAAGUUUGUCCAGCAGGAAGUGGUCAAGAUGGAAGAGGACGCCAUGCUCCGAUCAGAGUGUGAAACCUUCUUACAGAACAUUAACAAUGAACAGAGACAGAAGGAUAGUCUGAAAGCAGAGCUCUAUCAACUGCAGAGACUGAAGGCCGACUUGGAAAUGCAGCUGGAAGAACUUGAGCGUGAACGCAGGGCAAGACGUGAAGCUGAAUUGGAGAUCCAAAGACUUCGGGUCAGACUUACUGAGCUGGAGAUGAGCGACAAAGAGAAUCGUGAGAAGGUGACCGUUAAGCAAAAGGUAGUCCUGCAGCAGGAUCCCCAACAAGAGAAGGAACACUCUAUUCUCAAACUGCAGUUGGACGAAGAGAGGCACAAACGCAUCCUUCUUGAGAAAGAAAUGAAUGCGCUGAUGCAACAGCAGGUUACCUUGGAGAAGAUGGACGUGAAAGAAAGAAUCGUUCGCACUGAGAAGGUCCAGGUUGAGAAGGAUCCGGAGGCUGAGCUAGAGAUUGAGAACUUGAAGAGGACCCUGGAAGAAGAAAAAAGACGAAAGAGAGACCUCGACCAAGAGUUGGUAACGGUCACUUCCAGGCUGUCUGAGAUGGAGUUUUCCAACACCAAGUCAAGUAAAGAGCUGGACUACAUCCGAGACGAAAGUAGUCGCUUGCAGCACGAAAACCAGAGGCUGCAAAAUGAAAUUCGGAAGCUUCGUUCGGAGAUUGAGAUCACCAGCAAAGAAACUCAGCUUAUCACCGAGUCUUCGCCAAGAGAGGACGGAAGGAACCUGGAGUUGAGGCUUGAAUCUCUACAGAGAGAACUCGCGGAGCUCAGGGGCAUCACCAUCAAAAAGGAUGAGGAGAUAGAGAAGCUGCAAAAGAAUCUUUCGGUUGUUAGAAUGAAGAGAGAACAAAGAGAGAGCCAUCUGCGAAGAUCUAUUGUUGUCAUCGACCCAGACACAGGGAAAGAAAUGCGGCCGGAGGAGGCCUUUAAGCUGGGGCUGAUCGACUGGAAUAUGUUUGUCAACCUGCAAAGCCAGGAAUGUGACUGGGAGGAAAUCACAGUCAAGGGCCCCAAGGGAGAAUCAUCUGUUCUACAUGAUAGGAAAUCAGGGAAAAAAUUCUCCAUUGAUGAUGCUUUAAGUCUCGGGCACAUCACAAAUCAUCAGCUUCAGCAAUACAUGAACAAACAGCUAACAAUCCAGGAGUUUGGCGCGUUGGUGUCGGGAAAGAAAAAGUAA